UUUUUUAGGAUGCCUUUUUUCCAUUGUUACUUUUAUAAUGCUUGAAAUAAAGGAAAAUAUGAUGACCACGAUGCGUUCCCGGUUGAAGAGCUGGCCCCGACUGCUGAGUCGCUUUGUCCGGCAACUGAAGAGUCCCCUGCAGAUCGCUCGCCACUCCUUCCACCGGGACACCCACUUCACCAACCUUUCGGACUACUCCGUCCGAUCGUAUCAAUCGGUGAGGUCCUCGCGGGAUCCCUACCUCGUCAAGGUGGUGCAGGGCAGGUCCAAGAGGCAGCGGUAUGCGGGUGAGCGGUCCAAUCAGCGUUUCGGCGAGGACAGCUGGUUCGUCAGCUCCACGCCCCUCGCCGAGGUGCUGGGCGUGGCCGAUGGCGUGGGCGGCUGGCGGGAUAUGGGCGUGGAUGCGGGACGCUUUGCCAAGGAACUGAUGUCCUGCUGUUCCGGACGUGCUCAACACUCGGACUUCGAUGGACGCAAUCCACGGGAUCUGCUCAUUGCCGGCUAUCAGGAGUUGAGUGACCGAAAGCAUCCGGUGGUGGGAUCAAGUACCGCCUGUCUGGUCACCAUGCACCGCAGGGAGUGCACUCUCUACACCGCCAAUCUGGGUGACAGUGGCUUUAUGGUGGUGCGAAACGGACAGGUGUUGCACCGCUCGCAGGAACAAACCCAUGAUUUUAAUACCCCCUAUCAGCUGGCAGUGGCGCCCGAGAAUCAAAGGGACUACGUUUAUUCUGAUAGACCGGAAAUGGCAGUGUCUACGAGGCACUCCCUGCAGCCAGGUGACCUGGUGCUCCUGGCCACGGAUGGGCUGUUCGACAACCUGCCCGAGAGCAUGCUGCUCAAGAUCUUAAACGGCCUCAAGGAGCGCGAUGAACGUGAACUCCUGGUGGGCGCCAGUCAAGUGGUCGACAAGGCCCGGGAAUUGUCCCUAAAUGCCAACUAUCAAUCCCCCUUUGCCCUCAAGGCGAGGGAGCACAAUGUGCCCUAUCCCGGCGGUGGCAAACCGGAUGACAUCACCCUAAUCCUGGCCAGCGUCGAGGUGCCAAAUGUCUAACCCAGCGAGAGUCACUCUGUAGCCAGCAGGCGUCGUCGGCAAAUAUUGUUCCAUGUCCAUCAGCAGGCAGCGAUAAAAAGCCCAAAUAUACUUUGUUUAUACA